GCAUAUAAAACCUGAUGCAACCAAACGCAACGGCCAGUGCAGUUCGUCCCACGUCGCCAUUUACCGUCUUUCCAAGAGUUGCUGCUAUGGCGUUGGUGACAAGGACUACUUUGGAUCCUGGGGAGGAUGAGUACAAGGAGAUAGCAAAGACUUUCAACUCAGGACGCUUAGUGAACUCGGGCUGCGAGUUGUUGUCUGUCGAGAAGGUGCACAACGCAACACUGACGCAGCUGUUCUGGGAAACAGCUCAACGGUACCAGAGGGACUACGGCCACGUUAACAUUGUGAAGGGGUGGCACGGCACCAAAAAGGAAAACGUUGCCUCCAUCCUACAAAAUAACUUCGACGUCUCCAACACAGGUCGCCACCGUUAUGGCCCGGGGGUGUCUUUCUCCAGUGUGCCAUCUUACGCGUUCCACUACUGCGACAAGAGGACAUCCGAGGCCUGCAUGCUACUGGUCAACGUUCUCGUGUCCGAAGUCAUUGAGUUGCCCGAAAACAAGGAUGAAAACAGUGUGCCGAGUGAGCUUCCGUUCCUACCUGGCAGCAGCUCCCUGCGCUAUGACACCUCCACCAAGGACAAGGACAACCUGAUCGUCUUCGCCAAGCGCCACGAGCACGCCUUCCUGCCCACUCACGUGGUGCACUUCAAGCGCAUCCCAGUCCCUCCGCCGAGAUGCAGCCGCCGGAUCAGCUUUGUAUUGUCAGGCGAAAUGUGGAACCUGAAUAAUUUCAAUCCAUUUGCCUCGCCAAUGGAUACGCUUGGCGGAUCACCGGGUGGCUAGCUGGAUCAGAGGAAAUGGCACCGCCCGAGCAGUGGACGGCCCUCGCCCUCGUCCAUCAUGGGUGAGAAGUCGCGUUUGUUGGGGUGGAUACGGUGGACCUAAUACUGGAUACGUUUUGAUUUUUGCUGUAUGUACUCGGACUCUCUCGCAGGCAUCCCGAGGGGGUAAACACUACUCCCUAUUACGGGGUAUUACACUUGUAUUACGCAUGUAUUACGCCUUGAUUUCAUUGAAAAAUGACAUUUUUUAUACUUUUGGUCCCAAAAUGUAUUACUACUACGCAUAUUACGGCGUAAUACCCGACUUUUGUGUACAGGGUAUUACGCAAGUGUUUACCCCCUCGAGGCAUCCUUAACUGAACACAAUUUUGCCCGCCUUAACGUUGACUUACCCAUCGUAACUUUUGAUACGUGCUCACGCACAAGACAUCCUGUUAUGUACGAAGUUUGUCCAGUUAAUCGAAAAUGAGCAUUUUUCUGGCUUCCUGUGAUGCAUAGAAUCAUUUUAAUUUUGCUCAUGUUUUCUGUUAAUUUAUUUAGGUAACGGUUAUCUUUGUGUUAUACUAAGUUAAGGACCCCUGCUACGUCAACCGGACUUGUAUGAGUCCUACCUAGUGUUGGACUGAAUUUCCUGACCUCCGAAGAGGCAGGGAGGAUUUUCUGGUUUUUUGCUAUUAAUCUCCGUCGCCAUGAUUCGAUAAAUUUGAAGAGAAGAGUAAGUGUCGAAGUAGGACGUAAUCUUAAUUGACUUCGUCGCCAUGACCCGCAAUGAUUCGUGAUCCAGUGAAAGUGAAAUAUGUUCGGCCGAGCCGGUCAAUUCUACUAAGUUCUUUCUAGCUGGGUCUGUCGGUCAUUGAUAGGGUUUUAAAAUACCUAUGAAACCUAUAUCCGUAAAGGAGGAAUAAGCAGCACAUGCAUGUUAUAGUAAUUUUAAAGAAAAACAGGCUUGUCAUAGUUGUCGUCGAUGUGCCCGCCAAAUUUUAUCCAAGUCAUAAUGAUCACCGUCGCUAUGAUCCGAUAAAU